UCCUUUGAGCUGCAACGCAUUCCAUGACCAGUCAGACAGUUACUUGCUCGUUGCAGAACAGUCACUUAACUUAUAUUAAAACGCGUGGGUUAUACAUCUAGCAUCAUGGUGCUCCUUAUUUUUAUAUUCCUUUUCAUUUUGUUUUAUUAUUUUUAUUCAAAAUUACAAAUUACAAAGUCAUUCAAGUUUCCUCCAGGACCAGUUCCUCUUCCUGUCAUAGGAAACCUUCAUCUUUUGGAUUUUCGUAAACCUUAUGCAACUUUAAUCCAACUGUCAGAGAAGUAUGGCCCAGUGUACACAUUUCAUAUGGGUAUGACAAAAACAGUUGUGCUCAUAGGUUAUGACGCAGUAAAGGAUGCCCUAGUGAACUAUGCUGAUGAAUUUGGGGAAAGAGGUCGUGUCCCAGCUUUUGACAGAUUUGCACAAGGAAAUGGUGUAUCAUUUGGUCAUGGUGAGUCAUGGAGACAAAUGCGAAGAUUUACAAUAGCCACAUUAAAGGACUUUGGGAUGGGAAGAAGCAAACUGGAUGAAAUGAUGCUUGAAGAAAGCACAUAUCUCAUUGAGGUUUUCAAGUCUCAUAAAGGUCAGCCAUUUGAUAAUUCAUCUGCAUUAAAUGCUGCAAUUUCAAACAAUAUUUCCUCAAUAGUCUUUGGAAAACGAUUUGAUUAUAAGGAUGAAACAUUUAUUCUACUUUUAAAAAAACUGAGUGAUUUCUUCAGGGUUGUUGGACACCGGAUGACACAACUUUAUAAUAUUUAUCCUAUUCUGGAAUACUUUCCUGGAGCCCAUCGGGAAAUUUUCAGCUGCAAAGAAAAUCUGUAUGCAUACAUAAAACAAAUUCACAAGGAGUCUAAAUCCAAACUACAAUACAACGAUUUAAGGAAUUUCAUUGAUGCAUUUGUUGUAAAACAAUCACAAGAGAGAGAUACAACUGGAAUUAAUUAUUUUCAUGACAAAAAUCUUGUGGAGACUACAGCCACUCUGUUUGUAGCUGGGACGGAAACAGCUACAAGAACUCUUCGCUGGUCUUUACUUCUGAUGGCAAAAUAUCCUGAGAUACAAAAAAAGGUUCAGAAUGAGAUUGACAAAGUUGUUGGAUCUGAGAGAUUUCCUUCAACUAAAGAUCGCAAAAAUUUGCCAUACUGCAAUGCUGUGAUACAUGAGGUCCAAAGGUUUAGCAACGUUGUCCCCCUUUCUCUUCAGCAUGAGACAGCUGCAGAUGUUCAUUUCAGAGGAUACUUUCUGCCUAAGGGGACACAAGUGAUAGCUUGCAUAGGUUCUGCACUUUAUGAUAAAACUCAGUGGGCGACACCAGACAAGUUCAACCCAUCACAUUUUCUUGAUACCAAAGGAAAUUUUGUCCUGCCAGAUGCUUUCCUGCCCUUUUCAGCUGGUCGAAGGAUAUGCCUAGGGGAGGCAAUGGCCAAAGCAGAGAUCUUUAUUUUUUUUGUCGUUUUACUUCAAAAAUUUGCAUUUGUUCCUCCACCGGGUAUCACUGCCAAAGACUUGGAUAUUGAGUCAGCUCCAGGAACUUCAUCAAAACCCAAACCUCAUAAACUUUGUGCAGUGCUACGUUAACUUGAAUUUAUUGUAUUUUAUUCAGUAUUCAAUGUCAGUGUAACAUUUAGCAUACUUGGUUCUUUUUCUUAGUUUGAUGUCUUUCAGCAGAAUACAGGACAAUCAUUUAGUAAGAUUAAAUUGCAAGAUAAAUGGGAAUAAAUCAGAGAGAAAAGUUUAGCUUUGCAUGUACAUUCUCAUACUCCAACAUUUCUUUGUUAGUUAAAACUUUGCUAACUAACAGCAGAAUCAACAUAAUUUAUUUUUACUUGUGAAUUCAAAUAUCAGGACAAAAAAACUAAGAAAUAUUUCUUCUUCUUCUGUAUACAGCUCUGAGAAAAAUGGAGUGGAACUCUUGUAAAUGUAAUGGGUAAAAUUAAUGCAAAAAUGGUGUGACAAGAAUCUAAUUAACUCCUUUUAAAAAUUAA